ACGGCUCAACUCAUGGUAGUGUUCUCUGUUCCCAUCUAACCCCCUCCCCUCCCCUCUCGGAUCCGAUCCGCCCCGAGCCCCCGACGGUCGCCGGAGCACCGCCAUGGCGCUCAGCCUACGCAAGAAGCAGCUCGAUUUGAUCACGCGGAUGCUUCACCUGAACCAGCAGCAGUCGUCGCCGGCCGGCGGCGGCGAGGGGGAGGAGGAGGCGUACAAGAUCCUGGUGGUGGACGGCCCUUGCAUCUCGCUCCUGUCGCCGGUGCUCCGCGUUGGUGACCUCCGCAAGCACGGCGUUACCCUCCACCUCAACAUCCACAAGGCGCGGCAGCAGGUCGCCGACGCGCCCGCGGUCUACCUCGUCCGCCCCACGCCCGCCAAUGCCGACCGCAUCGCCGCCGACGCUGCCGCGGGGCUCUACGCCUCGUUCCACGUCAACUUCUCCACGUCCGUCCCCCGGCCCGUCCUGGAGCGCCUCGCCUCCGCCACCGCCGCGUCGCGCUCGGCGCACCGUGUGGCGCGUGUCGCGGACCAGUACCUUGACUUCGUCUGCCUCGAGGACAACCUCUUCUCGCUCGCCCAGCCGCGCGCCUACGUCGCCCUCAACGACCCUGCCGCUGCCGAUGCGGACAUCACUUCAGUCGUCGACGCCAUUGCGCUCGGCCUCUUCUGUGUCGCCGCCACACUAGGCGCUGUGCCCAUUAUCAGGUGCGCCGCGGGCGGGCCUGCUGAGAUGGUUGCUGCUGCUCUGGAUGCCCGUCUCCGGGAUCACCUCCUAGCCAAGCCAAAUCUUUUCACCGAGGCUGCGGCCUCAUCGUUCCAGCGGCCGGUCCUAUGCCUGUUUGACAGGAAUUUUGAGUUGUCGGUGGGGAUACAACACGAUUGGAGAUACCGCCCGUUGGUCCAUGAUGUGCUCAGCUUGAAGCUCAACAAGCUGAAGCUGCCAACAGAGAAGUAUGAUCUGGAUGACUCUGACCCAUUUUGGGUGGCAAACAGCUGGUCUGAAUACCCCGAAGUGCCCAAAGAAAUUGCAGCACAGCUCGCCAAGUACAAGCAGGAUGUAGAUGAGGUGAACCAGCGCACGGGUGGUGGUAGGGAUGGGGUUGAGUUUGAUGGAACAGAUCUUAUUGGCAACACCAAGCACCUGAUGAAUGCGGUCAACUCGCUCCCAGAGCUGACAGAACGGAAGAAGGUGAUCGAUAAACACACAAAUAUUGCAACUGCAUUGCUUGCGCAGAUCAAGAAGAGGUCUCUGAGUGAUUACUGUGAUUGUGAGCAUGAUAUGCUUCGGAAGGGUAUUGUGGAUCGGAAGACGCUGUUCAGCCUCCUCAGUGGGGAGGGCACCAAGGAGGAUAAGCUCCGGCUGGCUGUCACCUACCUGCUAUCAUUUGAGGCACCACCGCCAUCUGAACUAGAGCAGGUUGAGGCCGCGCUGCGGGAGUCAGAAGUAGAUAUGUCUGCAUUCCUGUAUGUGAAGAGGAUAAAGUCGCUGAACACACAGUUUUCUGCUGCACCAAGCACAGCAAGCAGGAACUCCAUUGUUAAUUGGGCGGUUAGUGCUGUGACCGACGGUGUGAAGAAUUACUUAUCGGAUGAGAGGCAGGUGGCUCUGACUAGGACAGUUGAAGCCCUGAUGGAAGGGAAACCAAACCCAGAGGUGGACAACUACCUAUUGUUUGAUCCACGGGCCCCUAGAUCAGGAACUGGUGGGCAGUUUAGAGGACCCUUCAGAGAAGCGAUUGUUUUCAUGAUUGGUGGUGGAAACUACGCCGAGUACAGGAGUUUAAUUGAGCCAGGGCAGAGCUCACAGUCUUCCAAGCAUGUCAUAUAUGGAGCAACAGAGAUUCUCAGCGGGGUGGAAUUUAUUCAGCAACUCGCGGAAUUGGGAGAGAAAGCGGGAUUGGGUAGUGGCAGCAGCAACCUAACAUCACAGUAGAUAUGGUCUUAGCAGACAUUUUGAUGUUAAGAUGUGAUGAAUCGUGCUUUAUAGAUUAUACAGUAGAUAGUCUCUUUCUAGACACUGUGAUGCCAAGGAGUGAUCCAGGCUCCAUAAGGCUAAUGAUAGUGAAUUUCCUGGACUCAGGUUUACUGCUCUGCUUUGGACGAGUCCUUGCGAGUUUGUUCCAGAAGUCUAAUAUGUUGAAAAAGUAUGCUCAGUUCAUCUACUUUAUCUUUA